CUGGUGACGCGAAAGGGCGGGCAGCGCGUUCAUUGGUCGGCCGACGAAUCCCGCCCACUUCCGGCUGUGGCCAUGGUGACCGGGAUCGGCAGCUCUAGGAAGAACAUUCCCAGAGGGAAGCUCAUGGAUCUCACCUUCACAGCCAUUGUCCCACUGCUUCUCGGCAGCGUGGGGCUCUUCGCCCUCUUCAGGCUGCUACAGCGAAUGAGGAUGCGAGCCUACCUCCAGGAUGCAGUAGUGGUGAUCACAGGAGCGACAUCUGGCCUGGGGAAAGAAUGUGCAAAAGCUUUCCAUGCAGCUGGUUCCAGACUGGUGCUUUGUGGCAGAAAUGGUGAGAGACUACAGGACCUGGUGCAGGAGCUCUCUGCCAAGGCCAAUCACGCAAAGAAUAUACACAAACCUUUCACUGUGAUCUUUGACCUCUCUGAUACUAAAACGGUAGUAAGUGCUGCUGAAGAGAUCCUGAAGUGUGUGGGUCAUGUGGACAUACUGAUCAACAAUGCAGGGAUCAGUUACCGAGGCACGAUAUUGGACACGGGGAUGGAUGUGGAUAAAAAAGUGAUGGAAACCAACUACUUUGGUCCUAUAGCAUUCACAAAAGCUCUUCUGCCCUCCAUGAUCAAAAGACAACAAGGCCACAUUGUGGUGAUCAGCAGCGUUCAAGGCAAAAUAAGCAUUCCUUUCAGAUCAGCAUAUGCAGCCUCCAAGCAUGCCACCCAGGCCUUUUUUGACUGUCUGCGAGCGGAGAUGGAACAGUAUGAAAUCGAUGUGACUGUUGUGAGCCCUGGCUAUAUUCAGACAAAUCUGUCUGUCAAUGCUGUAACUGCAGAUGGAUCUCGCUAUGGAGUUAUGGACAAGAACACCAUUGAAGGCAGAACAGCUGCAGAGGUGGCUCAGGUGGUUCUUAAUGCAGUGGGGCAGAAGAAGAAGGAGGUGCUCAUAGCUGGCUUACUGCCUUCCCUGGCUGUUUACCUGCGAACUCUGUCCCCCAGACUCUUCUUCACUUUUAUGGCAUCUAGAGCAAGAAAGGAGAGGAAAGCGAAGGACUCUUAGUCAGAGCUCAGCUCUCAUGGGCAUUGACUAGGACAAGGAAACUAACUCAAGCAUCUUGGCUUUGUCUAUGGAUGUGUUACUUCAAGAAACAAAUUGAAAAGGUUGCAGCUUACCAUUGUGUGCAGAGUUGGAAGUUCCAUGCGGAUCACGGGAGGCCCACAGUGCCCCACCAUCACCUAGAGAAGGCUUCCUCUACUACAGGUGAACUGGCUGAAGCUGCAGGGGAGGAUACCUGAGGAGAACCUUUCCCACUCUCCCCACCCUCAUUUUGAGUUUUAUUGUUCUCCAGUGAGUAGGAACCAGUGCUGGCUAAAGCCAAGCAUAGGCGGAUAGAUGUUAUUUUUCCCCACCCAGUGCUCCCAGUGAACUUCAGUCCUCACCCAGGAGCUCACCAGAGCAGAGUCUGCCCCCAGUCUGAUCCAGAAGUUAUCCCUUGGGUUGGAAUGGUCUACUGUGUCCCUAGUACACCGCAUCACUUGAUUUAAGCCAAAAUUACCUGUUCAGUGCUGCUUUUUAAACAGUUUAAAGUGCCCAGGUCCGGGUUAGGAAUGACACCGUGGAUAUCUGCACUGGAUGGAGCACAAGUGACCCAUUAAGCCACCUAGCCUUCAGAUCAGUUUUUAUAUUAACCUUUUUCUAAAGUAGCUCUAGACCGACCAGCCCUCCACAGCAGUGUUCGGCUCCAGUGAAUGUUGCUGUCAUGUAAGCACGGAACCCCCGAAAGGUGGUGGUGGCGGCAGCACCAAUGUGAACCUUUGACUGUAAAACACUCAGACACCCAGCAUUGUUCUGCUGUGUGCCUAGAGCAAGGAAUAAGCUGUGACCCCUUCGGUGCCAGGCAACACGCCUUGUGAUGACAAGGGGGGGAAGUGAACCUGUAGGUGCAGCUAAUGUAGGGUUACCAUACGUCCUCUUUUUCCCGGACAUGUCCGGCUUUUCGGCAGUCAAACCCCUGUCCGGAGGGAAUUGCCAAAAAGCGGAACAUGUCCGGGAAAAUGGCGGCUCUGUUUAAGAGCCCGGCUGCCUGAACGCUACCGGCUUCGGGCAGCCCCGUGCCUGGAGACCCUGCGCCGCCGGAGCCCGGGAGGGGAAGUGCCCGGCUGGGGGCGCAGGGUCUGGAGGCACGGGGCUGCCCGAAGCCGGUAGCUCUCGGGCAGCCUGGUUCUUAAACAGAGCCUCCAGUGGCUGGGGCUCUGUGUAACUGACACUGUGUCAGUUACACACAGCCCCGGCGGCUGGAGACUCCAGCCCCCGUGGCUCUAUUUAAGAGCCGGGCUGCCCGAGAGCUACCGGCUUCGGGCAGCCCCGUGCCUCCAGACCCUGCGCCCCCAGCCGGGCACUUCCCCUCCCGGGCUCCGGCGGUGCAGGGUCCGGAGGCACGGGGGCUGCCCAAAGCCGGUAGCGCUGGGGCAGCCCGGCUCUUAAACAGAGCCUAAGAGGAGCAGAGCCUCCAGCUGCGGAGGCUCUGCUCCUCUUUGGCUCUGUGUAACUUAUACAGUGUAAGUUACGCAGAGCCGCCAGAGCCCCGGAGGGGAAGUGCCUGGCUGGGGGCACAGGGUCCGGAGGCAUAGGGGCUGCCCAAAGCCCGAGCGCUACCGGCUUCACGGUUUGCUGGGCAGCCUCCAGACCCUGCGCCCCCGGCUGGGCGCUUCCCCUCCCAGGCACCAGCUGCGCUGGGGAAGCGCCGGCUGGGGGCGCAGGGUCUGGGGGCUGCCCGGGAAACCGUGAUGCUGGUAGCACUGGGGCAGCCCUUUCCCCCUGGCUGGGAGUGGG